AUGCGUUUCGCUUUAGCUCUAUCAUGGCUCCCCCUCAGCCUUGCCCUCCAUAUCCCUGAGUCUCUCGACCGCCGCACCAACCAUAAACCCAUCACAGACUGUUCAGCAGAACAAGUCAUUGACAUUCUCAAACUCGAACCCAACACCGAAAAAGGUUACUUUGUCCAAACUUUCGUAGACCCGACGACCAUCCCAGGGACCAAUCGAUCCGUCAGCACAGCUAUUUACUAUCUGCUCGAAGGUUCCGUGGGACAAUCUCUGUGGCAUAAACUCGAUGCCGCAGAAGUGUGGCACUAUUACGCCGGUGCACCGCUCGUUCUUUCUAUAUCAAAGAACGAUGGGUCUUGUACGAAGGAUCAUGUCAUGGGAAAUGAUCUCUUCAGUGGACAAAGACCGCAGGUUAUUGUCAAGGCGGAGGAGUGGCAGAGUGCCCGAAGUCUGGGUGACUGGACUCUUGUUGGGACAACUGGAUUCGAUCCGGCUGGACAGGUCUUGAAGCCAGAGGGAUGGAAGCCCAAGUCUUGCAAGAAGCCCAAUUGA